GUGUGCACUUCGAACGUACGGAGUGCAUCUUGUUUUUCCACCUUGCUGCUACUGACGACGAUAACGAUGGCGAACUUGAAGGCGGAUUCUCCUCUUUGUCGUCGCAUCGUCCUAUCUUUCCUGGACUUCCUCAAUUCUGUUGAACCUUCUUCUACUAGUGAUGUUGAAAGUCUCGAGGUUGCAAAAGACUGCUUAUCAGAGGCUUUCAAGAUCGAUUCAUCGGCUAAUCGUAGUGUAGCAAAAUCUGAUUCUCUGGUCCAGAUAUUCAGUUCACAAACAGGACACAACGAGAUUAAGUCAGAUCAGAUCCAUGAGGAAUAUCGACCAGAUACAUCGCAUACAUCAUGCACUAAUAAUACUGUGGAUACUAAAAUUCCUGCGACACCAGAAUGUCUGGAUGACAUCGGGAGACAGGAUACUCGAACCAUAGGUGUACGGGAGGAUGAACUUUUUGGUCAGUUUUUUGGCGCCCUUGAAAAAAUUCAUUAUUUUGGGAGUACAGCCAAUGGAGAUGAUGAACAGGCACUGGAUAGGACUACACAUCUGUUUCACAAUGCUUUGAUGGAAAUGAAAAAAUCUGGAUGUGAGGAAAUUGAUCUUAAAAACUUGGCUGACACCUUCAAAGUACAAGGUAACAAAGCUAUGCAAUCAAAGAUAUAUUCCGAGGCAAUUGAGCUUUACACGAUUGCUAUAGCACUUCGUGAUGAUAAUGCUGUUUAUUAUUGCAACAGGGCGGCUGCUUACACCCAGACCAAGCAGUAUACAGAAGCAACCUGUGACUGCCAUCAAGCCAUUGCAAUUGACCCAAACUACAGCAAGGCUUACAGUCGUCUAGGAUUUACUUAUUAUGCUCAAGGGAACUACAGGGAUGCCAUUGCUAAAGGAUUUAUGAAAGCCUUGCAGUUGGAUCCAAAUAAUGAAUCGAUAAGAGGAAAUAUUCAGGCGGCUGAGCAGAAACUCAAAGAAGAGCAACAAAGAGCUCAACGUGGUCAGAGUUCAGGUUCAGGAAGUCAUUCAAAUCAAGAGCAUUCUGGUGGUGGAUCAAGGAGCCAUGCCUCUGUUCCACCUUUCACAUCCAUGCCAUUCAACGUGAAUGGUCAUCCGUUUGACUUCGGGAGCAUGCUAAGGGACAUGGGUCAGGGAAGGCCUGGUGGUAGCAGCAACCCUACAGAUGAGCCCGGACCAAGAAUAGGAGUUAACGUCGGAGAUCAAGUGCCAGAGGAGUUUUAUGGGACUAUAAGAUCAGUGAUGCAGAUGUUCUCUGAUGGAACAGCAGCACCACAUGUUAAUUCACAAAACAACUCGAAUGGAAACUAAACAACCGACCUUUGUGUCGAAUCUUGGUUUCUUUGUUCAAAACUUGUUAAAAGUAGGUUUUAAUUGUUGCAUAUUUGGU